AUGUUGUUAAAUGACCAAGGCUUGUUUUCCAUUGGGGGUAAAAAUAUUCGUCACACACAUCGACGUGGGUUAAUGAAAUGGAACAUAAGCAUCGAUCCGGGACACACACCCUUGAGCAUGUCUUUCACCAAUACAACAUCCGAACUGUUGGUCGCGACCUCCAGUCGAUCUCUCAUGCUGAUAAAUUUGUUCCGAGGGAGUAUUAUUAGGCAGUUGGACGUUGAUGAUAAUGUGACAGUCAUGAAACAGGCGAGGGUAAUUUGCUGCGGGACAGCAACAGGUCGAGUUGGACUCCGAGAUCCGCGCACGUUGAAGGAGGAGCACAGUUUGAUGGCGCAUACGGGUACCAUUGGAGAUUUGGACGUUGCAGGAAACAUCAUGAUCACUUGCGGAUUUUCUGCAAGAGGGAACAAGAUGAUGACGGAUCCAAUGAUAAAACUGUUCGAUAUACGCACAAUGAGGGCAUUACCACCCAUUCCUUUUCCUUCCGGCCCAAACUAUCUGCACUUCCACCCCAAAAUCUCCUCAAUAAUCCUUGCCGCGUCCCAAAAUGGUCAAUUUCAGCUCUGUGAUGUUUCUAAUGCGUCUAAUGUCCGAUUUUUCCAGGCAAAUAUCAGUGGGUUCCUGAACUCUAUCGAAUUCUCCAGCUCCGGAGAGAUGCUUGCUUGUGGUGACUCUUCCGGAGUCGUGUCACUAUGGACCGAGAAGCCAGACUGUCGAGUAAAUCUGUUUUCUCGGCCAACCGAGUUUGCUGACACUCCCGCACCGCCGCCAGCAGUGGAAAUAGGAGACAAAAGUCCACUUUCCUUGAUCGGAAUGCCAUACUACACCUCCGAAUUGCUCUCCUCCUGGCCAGCAAAGCUAACGUUCGAAGCCGGACAACCGGCACCGAAGAUUCCGCCAGAAGUCCUCGCGAACGUGAAGAUGAUAGACUUUGUCGGAUACGCCCCCAACCCUGGAACCUUUAAACGCAAUCAAAAUUUGGCAAUGGCCCGUAAGGCCCGAAAAGAAAUGCUCGAUGUUCCCAAAUUCAGAUCUGAGCAAGAUCGCGAAAAGUACUUUGGCAAGAAUACCCAGGGUCGCGAUACACCGCAAGGCGUCGAUGAAGAGGUUGUAAACGCCGUACCGCUCGCGAACGCUAUGCCCAAAUACUAUCGUCGGGUCGAAAUCAAGUACAGCAAAUUUGGCGUGGAGGACUUUGACUUCGGCUUUUACAAUAAAACAUCGUAUGGAGGUCUCGAAACCCAUAUUGUGAACUCUUACUGUAAUGCCAUGCUGCAAGUCCUCUUCUUCACAACACCUUUGCGCGAGAUCACAAAAGCACACAUCAAUGCGAAUUGUCCAAAGGAGUAUUGCCUAUCGUGUGAGCUCGGAUUCUUGUUUAGAAUGCUGGAAGAUGCCAAAGGCGCAAACUGUCAAGCUACGAACUUCUUGAGGGCUUUCAAAACAAUACCGCAGGCCAAUGCCUUGGGGUUGUUUGAGCCGGAUCAACCAAAUCCGUCGACGUCGUACGCCACCCUCAUUCAAAACUUCAAUCGCUUUGUUUUGGAACAACUGCAGUCCGAGCUCGGCAUGCACAUGGGAACGGUCAUCAUCCAUCGGGACUAUGACAAGGACCAGAUGCCUUCGGUUAUGCAGCAGAUCUAUGGGUUAAAGUUGCAAGCUAUUAGCCAUUGUCAGUGCAAUAGCCAGCAGGCACGAGAUACGUAUCCUUUUGUAGUGGACUUGACAUAUAGUUGGAAGGGUUCACAUGCGAAAAGCACAAAAGAUCGGUUCGGAGACGUACUUCAGCAUAGUAUAAAUCGCGCUUCUUCGACCAAGGCCUGGUGCAACAGCUGCAAACGCUACCAGCCGACAACUCAGUUUCGGCGGUUACAACGUCCUCCAAAUGUCAUGAGUAUCAAUGCGGGCGCUACUACCGAAGAGGAUCUUGACCUCUACCGUUCAGAAGAUAAGCCGUGGCUCCCUCCACGGAUUGCGCUGAUCCUGGAUGGUUCAAAACUCACAGUUAAAGAACUGGGUGUGGAUGAGACCAGCAUCGACAUCGCCAGUGAGACGGCGGAGGUGGCGAUGUACGAUUUGAUGGCGACGGUGGUGGAAAUUCGAGAAGGAAAAGAAGUGCCACAUUUGGUGGCCCAUGUGCGAGUUGAUGAUGGAGAAAGCGUCCCAAGUUGGUAUGUCUUCAACGAUUUUCUGGUCCAACCUGUGCCCGAAAUUGAGGCACGACAGUUCAGAAAACGGAAGAUUCCAUCUGUCAUACAGUACAGACGAACAGAUCUUAAGCAAGUGCAGGACCUCAACUCGUUACGGACCAGUCCUGAUCCGACGUACCUACGCACCAUGGUGCUUCUCAACCGUCGACGAGAAAAAGAUCUAAAGAUCAGCUAUAAACUGUUAAAGCCGGAGGAACUUCCAACUAAGCCCGGAUUCCUCUGUGCUUUAGACGCCGAGUUCGUAGCCUUGAGCAAGGAUGAAACGGAGAUCCGGAGUGAUGGCACACGAUCGGUGAUCCGCCCGUCACGACUAAGUUUGGCACGUGUUAGUGUCCUCCGUGGCGAUGGACCGGAAGAAGGCAUUCCUUUCAUCGAUGAGUACAUAUCGACAACAGAAGACGUAGUGGAUUACUUGACCGAGUUUUCUGGCAUCAAAGCUGGCGAUCUGGAUAUCGCCCAUUCAAGGCACCCGUUGGUUUCUUUGAAGUCGUCAUAUAAGAAGCUGCGGUUAUUGGUCGACCUGGGAUGUGUUUUUGUGGGCCAUGGCUUGAAGAAAGAUUUCCGGAUCAUCAAUAUAUUGGUCCCGCCGGAACAGGUUAUUGACACAGUUGAUAUUUUCUUCAUACAGAGUCGGCAAAGGAAACUCUCCCUGCGCUUCUUGGCGUGGUACGUGUUACGGCAAGAUAUUCAGACAGAUAUGCACGACAGUGUGGAAGACUCGCGAACGGCGCUUGCAUUGUACAAAAGAUAUCUGCAGCUGAAGCGAGAAGGACGUUUUGAGCAAUAUUUGGAAGAAGUGUACGAAGAAGGUCGGCGAACAAAUUUCAAGCCGCCGUCGAAACCCAUGGCCCCUUACGAAGGACAGACGUUUACGGUUGCUGGGGUGAAUAUAACUGAGCUCCCACCUCAAUAG